AUGGCCGACUCUGCUGGUCUUCGAACCCGCAGCGCAGCCGCAAAGGCCGUUGCUGCUCCCAACGGCAACUCCAAAACUUCGAACGGUCAUCACUCCAACGGUCACGCCAAUCGCAACGCCAACGGCAAGCGUGCCGCUGUUGAAGAUCAAGACCUUGAUGACAAGCAACACAAUUAUGUCCCCAAGCACUCCUACCUUCACGUCGACCUCAAUGACGAUCAGAUCAUGGGUGGAGGCAAGCAGCAGACCCUCAUCAAAUACUCUCCCGGUAUCGUCAUCUCCGAACAGGGUCGCGAGACCGACAAGAAGCUUGAUGAGCACUCCGACUGGGAGUUUGGCGGUCCAUGGGGUGUCACUGCCAUGAUGACAUUGUUCCCUUUGCUCAUGUACUACCUCUGGAUCUGCCUCUGGUUCUACAAUGGCAAGCUCGUCAUCCCUAACUCGGUCGAUGACAUUUGGCCCUUCUUCCAACGAAUGGGUGCUCAUGUUCGUGACCAUGCUUUCCCCACCAAGCGUGCCUUUGCUGGCUAUGGUGGCCUGAUGGUCUUCCAAUUCUUGUUGGCUGUCCUCAUGCCCGGUUACAUGCAAGAAGGUUUGCCUGUUCCUUCGCUUGGAUACAAGACCUUAAUGUACAAGUGCAACGCUCUCUCCUCGUUCUACGUCACCCUCGUCACCUGUGCCGUUCUUCACACCACCGGCCUCUACCGUCUCACUACUAUCAUCGAACACUUUGGCGAAUACAUGACCGUCUCCAUGAUCGCAGGUUACGCCGUCUCUGCUGCUACCUACUGCCACGCCGCCUUCACCAACACCACCCAUCGUAUGUCCGGUAACUUUGCCUACGACUUUUUCAUGGGUGCUGCGCUCAACCCUCGUAUUGGCAGCGUCGAUCUCAAGAUGUGGGCUGAAGUCCGCAUUCCCUGGGUUCUGCUCUUCUUAAUCAGCGUCAGUGGUGCUUGCAAGCAAUACGACGUCUACGGCUAUGUUACCCCUAACAUGGCUUUCAUGGUUCUUGCUACCGGUCUUUACAUCAAUGCUUGCGGUAAGGGAGAAGAAUGUAUCCCUCAAACAUGGGACAUGUUCCACGAAAAAUGGGGCUUCAUGGUCAUCUUCUGGAACUUUGCCGGUGUACCCUUCACCUACUGCUACUCGAUCGUCUACAUGGCUGCUCAUCCUCCUUCGUACUACAAGUUCAGCGCCUCUACCUACGCCUUUAUGUUCUCCCUUCUCAUCUUUGCACACUACGUGUUCGAUUCCUCCAUGGCUCAGAAGUCUCGCUUUAGGAUGCAGCUGCAGGGGACUUUCAAGCAUAGAUGGACUUUCCCUCAAUGGCCUUGGUCCACACUUAAGGAUCCCAGGUAUUUGCAGACUGAGCAUGGUAAUGCGUUGCUCAUCGACGGCUGGUGGCAGUUCCUGCGUAAGCCUAACUACACCGCUGAUUGGACACAGGCUUUCCUUUGGGGUGCGAUUGCAGGAACUAGGUCCAUCAUUCCUUACUACUACUCGGCCUUUUUCUUGGCAGUGUUGACGCAUAGGUGUGGGAGGGACUUUGAGAGGUGUAGUAAAAAGUACGGCAAGGAUUGGGAUAAGUACUGCUCGAUUGUCAAGUAUGCUUUCAUUCCUUUUGUGUACUAA